AAAUACGCAGACGCUUUGGGGUUGAGUACGAUAACAGAUAACGAGGAGCUCUUCAUUGAUUGUAGCAGCGGGUUCGAAAAAGAGAAAGUCAGUCACUUAAUAGACGGUACACUCAAGCUCUUGGUGGAAUGCAGCGACUCGCUUUUAAGCACAAUCAAGCAGAACAAAGCAGCCAGUAUCCACACCAUAAAAAAAAAAGUGUUCAUUGGGUAUACAAGUGAUCAAGCAAACGCUCACAUUGACUAA